AUGGGCAAUACAGGUGGUGAUUCUCUCACUGAAGAUAUCAAUACUCAGUAUAACCUUGCCAACAUGGUGUGGAUCAUGACCGCUACCGCCCUGGUGUGGAUCAUGAUUCCGGGUGUGGGUCUGCUAUAUUCGGGACUAUCCCGAAAACAUCACGGCCUGUCUCUUAUAUGGAUGGCUCUGAUGGCAGUGUCAGUGGUAUCGCUUCAAUGGUUCUUUUGGGGCUACUCACUGGCAUUCUCCCAUGAAGCAGGCAAGUUUAUUGGCGCUCUGGACAAUUUUGGCAUGAUGAAUGUCUUGGCUGCUCCUUCUGUAGGAUCCACUGCUAUUCCUGAUAUUUUAUACUCCUUUUACCAACUUGUGUUUGCAGCUACAACUGCCAUGAUCAUGGUUGGUGGUGCUCAUGAAAGAGCUCGUCUUGGACCAAUGAUGGUCAUGCUAUUUAUUUGGAUGACUGUCGUGUACUGUCCAAUCGCUUGUUGGACUUGGAACCCAUCUGGUUGGCUCGCUAAAUUGGGUGGUCUUGAUUUCGCUGGAGGUGGCCCUGUCCACAUGACUAGUGGAGCUGGCGCCCUUGCUUAUGCUCUUGUCUGUGGUAAGCGUCAUGAUCCUUUGGCAGAUGAUAAAGUUAAAACAUACAGACCUCAUAGCGUUCUUUCCGUUGUUUUGGGAACUGUUUUCUUGUGGUUCGGCUGGCUUGGUUUCAACGGUGGUUCUAGUGGAAAUGCCACUAUUCGUGGAUUCUACGCUGCCAACAGUACUAAUUUGGCAGCUGCCUCUGGUGCCAUGACCUGGCUGAUGAUUGAUUAUUUCCGCAAGGGAAGAAAGUGGUCUGUAGUGGCUAUUUGUACUGGUGCCAUUGCUGGACUUGUGGGAAUAACUCCUGCUGCCGGCUUCGUUCCAUGUUGGUCGGCUGUUCCCAUUGGUGUUAUCACUGCAGCUGUUUGUAAUUUUGCUUUCGACUUGAAGAAAGUCUUGCACAUUGAUGAUGGUCUUGACGUUUUUGCUCUUCACGGUGUUGGUGGUCUAAUGGGCAGUAUUCUUACUGGCUUUUUUGCUGCUGAUUAUAUUGCUGCCCUUGAUGGUGCUACCCAAAUUCCUGGUGGAUGGUUGAAUCACAACUACAGACAAUUGGGUCUUCAAUUGGCCGGGGCAACUGCCACUCUCGGUUACUCUUUCACAGUUUCAACUGUUAUUCUCGUUGCCCUCAAGUACAUCCCUGGCUUCCAUCUCCGUUUGAGUGUGGAGGAGGAGCUUUUGGGAACCGAUGUUUGCCAAAUUGGUGAGACUUAUUUCCAAGAUAGCGAUGAGCCCGUCUAUACUGAUGGUGUUAGUCCUGGUGUUAUGAGCGGUGCUCAAACUCCUGUCCCAAGAACCGAGAAGACUGCCGAUGAAUCUGUCUAA